GAGCGCGGCGCCGCUGCCACCGCCGCCGUCGUUCCUUCGUCGCGACGCCUGCCAGCCGACGGCGGCGUCGUAUUCAGUCCGCGGUCGUCGGUGCGUGCGCGCGGUACGCGAGGGCAUUGCCGGCGCGCAAACUUUCGCAUUGUUUUGUACACGCUGAACCGUUUCGUACGCGGUCAACCGCGUGGAACCUGUUGAGCGCGUUUUACAAUGAAGAUCACGAAAUUAUCGCGCGCUUUUGCACGUACACUCAGCGCAACUUUUUCGAACUUUGUCCAAAUUUAACACUUUUCAUGCGCCUGGGGGUACGAAAUAUUUGGAAUUUUUCAACUUGAUCUUUAUUGUAUACUUGUCGAACGAGCGUCAGGCAACAAGCAAACUUCGUCGAGUCGCUGCCAGCUAAGCUCUUCACUCACCGGCUGAUUUGCAUUUGCAGCCGCGGCGGGAGAGCUUUCCCAUAUUUUUAUCGAAUCGGGGGCGCGCCAAGUUGCAUUCAAGAAAGCCAUCUAACAUGGAUUUUCGAAACUGGGAAUACACGCCGCGGCACACUGUGUGUGAGUUGCAUGAGUGCAGCCUAGCGACUCUUUUUGGGCAGUCAUCUCGCAGGUUUCACAUGCAGGACUCUUUGAAAUACGACGGCCGUACAACGGAGAAGAUUCCUUACAUACUUCAAUUAACAACCGGCAACCUGAAACAACAUUUGAAUUCGAAGGAAUAUGCAUAAUUGUACCGACGAGCUUUUGCGACCCGAGAAAAAAUAUUGAACAAUUAUAUAUUAUAUACCCACAAUAUUAAAUUACAUAUAUAAACAUAUAUAUAUAUUCAUAUAUAUCCAUAUAUUAUACAUUAUACAAGGAGGCACGCUUGGUUGGAGGCGCAUCGAGGAACACUAGGCAGGAAAUGUCUAGCGCAUCAUUAUGGUUCCUGAUACCGUUGACGUUCGCUGCACUCCUUGGAAUAUUAAUAAACUCCUAUGUGUUACUCGUCGUACUAUUCUCCCGCCAGCACACAUCCGUCAACCAUCUCCUGCUGCUGCAUUUAGGCACACUGAAUCUAUGCUUAGGAGCCACUUUUCUGGCGUUUUCGGCGCCAGGCUUGGCGCACGACACAUGGCUGUCCCAUGGGACGCUUUGUAAUCUGCACGGUUUCCUCUUCACCAUAUUACAUCCGUUGGUGCUAUGGACCGUGUGUGGUUUAAACGCCGAUCGCUACUAUGCCAUCGCUGCUCCUCUGCAUUAUGGCCACUUGGUCAAUCCGAAAAAGGUCUUUUUAUGCCUGGGGAUUGGAUGGAUUAUUUCGCUGAGCUUCACUGUGUUCCCGUUCGUCCACAUCGCGCCGUUCUCGUUCAACCGCGGCCUCGGAGCAUGCGUCCCGAAUUUCCAGACGGGACGCACGACUCUCUGGUACUCUGCCGCAUACACUGCAUUUACUUUGUUACUACCAAUUACGUUGAUUAUUUGUUGUAAUGUUAAGAUUUUAAUGAUAGCGCGCUAUCAUCGUCAUCGGAUUGCGUCGGCGAUUUACGAAGUAACGUUGUCGGCUCAAGUGACCAUCACGCAUCAGCGCAAUCCGUUUUUCGUGCCCACGGUCACAGCGCCCAGCUCGGGCGGUCCGAAAUUUCGCUCUCGGUCGCCCGUCUCGACCGUUCUCCAGCUGCUCGGGUCGAUCGUCCUCCUCUACGUUCCUUACUACAGUAUUAUUUUGUGGGAGUCGUGCAUCACAUUCCUCGAAUCUGAUUCAGGCAUCGACGACCAUAUUGUUCUCUAUCAGGUGGUCCUGGUACUCUUGACGGUGGCACCAACCGUGAAUGGUAUUCUCUACGGGCUGAAGAAUAAGCAUCUCCGCAAGACAUUCCAGAAUUACUGGCGGAAGAAGAUCACCAAGAGUGAAGUCAAUCAGGAGAUACAAGCGCGCACACCAUCAACGUGUGGAUCUCGAAGGCAAAGCCUAACCCCGCUUGGGUUUUUCGCCCGUCCGAAUAUACAGAGACGUCUCUCCGAGACACUCCUAGACGGCAGAAGAGAAGAGUCAACGGAUGCAAAAUUAAGAAUUAAACGGAUAGCGUCUGAGUUGUCAUGGCGACCGCAAUGUCAUGCUGAGUUUUCUAUUCCUCCUAGUUGUAGCACAACACUCCAAGUGCCUCAUGCCAAUAUUUCCGAAUGUAACUUGGAGAUUGAUCUGGAAAAUCUACAGUUGGGAGGGAAGAGCCCUAUGGAAACGACGCAAUCAACCAAAGAGCAGAUGCAGCACAAAGAAAGCCUGCACUUGCCGAUCCAAAGCGAGAACCACCGCGACAACUCAGAUCCCCCUGCAACCAAACGAAAAAAAAGCUUUUUGUAUAAAUUCUUCGGCGUCGAUGAGAGCAAAACUCCAAAAAUCCUCAUCACCCGUGCCCUCUCCGAGGACGAUUACUCAAAAGGUGUCCGAGAAUCGAACAAACAUUCCCUAUCGGUAAGCAGCUCACUCUCCAAGUGGUACCAUCACUCGGAUUACAACCUACUCAGAGCGCAGACUAAGCACGACACGCACGCGAUGACCAAACUACUUUGGAACAACAAAGACCCACCGGAAGUUGAAUGCGCAUAUCACUACGUCCUACCCGCCAAUCACCUGGAAGAUGAUUCCGACUCGGAUGCUUGCGACAACUCCGAUAAUUCCAGCGGGCUGUACAUGAAUCUGGAUAGUUUUGAAACGAUACGCACGCAGUCCUGCGACAUCGAUAUGCAAGACAUGGAACAGAUUGAAUCGAUUGAAACCGAGUUUGCGAACUGUUCGUAUGAGGAAGACAUUGAGUUGCAGCAGAAGUUGGCGGACUAUUCGUCCGCAAACCGCAGCAUUGAUGACGCCGAAAAUAUCCGCAUUGGCAAUGGUGAGUUGAAAUUGAAAGGCAAAGACUUGAAAGCAAUCGACAGCGCGAAGGAGCACUGCAAUGUCGACGAAUUGGUCGAGAUUAAGCAACAAGAAGUAGUUCUGUGAAACAAUGCGCAUGAUGUCAACGAAAUUGGUAGGCGCGCCAAACUUUGAUUAUUUGUGAUGUAAAUCGUAUCGUAAUAUAUAUUUUUGAUGUGAUAUUAACUAAGUACAUAGUACAUAGGCAGAUAAUACUUGUUUAGCUUUAAAUCUAUAUACAUUAUAUUGCUGCCGCUUGCCGCGCUGCGACAGCGAUUGAUGUAACUAUAUUUCACAUUCACAUAUACACGUAUAGAUUAAUUAGAUAAGAAUGGUGCAUUUGAGUCCGUCAAAGUAACAGCAACAGCAACAGCCACUACAACGUUAUUAUAGAGAUCUAUACUACUAUUUUUGUUAAACGUUAAUCACUAAGGAUCUAGUCUAAAUGAUAUUCACAAUAAUGGCAACCUGUUAAGUGUUAGAAUAGUUCUUCUGAUUGAUCAGACAAUGAGAUAAAGCUAGGCCCGGCCGACAGAAAUGAACAGUGUAUUUUUGAACAGAGAAACUUAUUUAUUUUUAAACAUAAAUACAGAUAUAUAUUGUACGUUAAAUAAUAAAGCAGAUAUUCUAAUUAGCAACUAUAGUCACAGUUAGUAGCAAUAAGCAUAGCUAAAAUUUAUUUAUUUUUCUAAGAAGCACCAGAAACGAUUACAAAAUCACAAUAAUACAACAAUAACGAUAACAAAUGUACAAACUAUGAGUUGACGUUUAGAUGAAAUUAUACCUUGGUUGUCAUUUUGGCCACUUGUUAAAAUGUAUUUGGUUAAAUGCUAUGUUCCGUUGAUAUUGGUUGAAAUAUAUAAGAGUUUAUCGCUUGUUAAUUGUUUAAGAGAUCAGAUUUAAGACAAAACAUAUAUAACAAACCAAGUAUAAGAUAACCAUAGACAACCUAAGACCAUAUAUAACAAUAAAUGUCAAGAAUUAACCGUUGAUGUUCGACGUCUAAUGCUAGAAUCAACCACGACUACAGGACUUACCAGGAUACUACACUACGAUUGACACGAAUCGAAACAAUCAAUGAACAAUAUACAGGGUUUGAAGGACAGUUUUAACACUGCAUUUUCGACAAUUUUGCAAAACAUUUCGACGAGCAUACGAUUUUAAUUGCGGUGGCAGCGACCAAUUAUAUACCUACAGUGGAUAGAAAAAGAAGCAAACAAUUAUUCAAUUAUGGCUAUGAAUGUUAUAUUAAAUCAUAGAUUUAUUGGGCGCUAUUGCUAUAGCAAGAUAUAUUAGAUAAUCUAUAGUUUCUAGUUUGAUCUUCACGUGCAGUUUGCGGCCGAUGUGGUAAUCCGAGAACGUAAAUGUCCCUUCCACGCUCAUACAACUAAGAAUCUGAUGUGAAAUAAAUGUGAAACAGAAUCAAAUACGGUUUAUCAACAAAACAAAAAUGUAACAAUUCGACGCUGUGUAUCAAAAAGUAACCAAAUUUUCGGAAAUAAAUAUAUUUUUGAUGUUCUUAA